AUGGCGUCCCAGCUCCCGGGCGCCCCCAGCUCCGCAAAAGCCCUGGACCAGGACGGGAAGACAGCGCUCUGGAGAAGUAACGUGCAGCUGUCCUCGCUCCACAUCCGCGACGCCGCGCAUCGGCCCCGCAAGCUGCCCUGGGUAGCCCUGGUCAGGGCCUGCGGCCGCUUCAAGCUCUCGCUCUUAGAGGUGCGGCGGGGCCGGUUGCUGCCCUCUCUUAACCCCCUGGCCGUGGGCAAUGACUUGCCACCGCCGGAGAAGCACUGGAUGCCUGAGAAGGCAGCGUUCUGGGGCGACCAGGAACCCCUCUCCAAGAUCCCAUUUAAAAUUAUGAGGGGACACCAGCACAUUGUGAGUUCCUGUCACUUCUGUGUGGAUGACACAAAGGUCCUCAGUGGCUCCUAUGACUGCACCGUGAAGCUGUGGGAUGCCGUGGAUGGAUCUAUUGUUCGGAAUUUUGAGCCGGGGCCCGGAGCCCCUGUUUUAGAAUGCAGCGUCACGGCUGACAGCAGAAGAAUUAUUGCAGCAUCUUAUGACAAAACAGUGAGGGCUUGGGACCUUGAAACAGGCAAGCUGCUGUGGAAGCUCCGUCAUGAAACCUUCAUAGUCUCCUGUAAGUUUUCCCCCGAUGGUAAAUACGUGGUCUCAGGCUUGGAUGUGGACCGUGGAAUCUGUAUAACAGACGCGGAAGACACCACCACCGUGUCCCACAUCAAAGAUCAUCACAGGAUGUCGGUCACAGCAUGCUGCUUUGACCCAGACAGCCAGAAGGUGGCUUCCGUCUCCCUGGACAGGAGCAUCAAGAUCUGGGAUGUGACAUCCAGGGCCACGCUGCUCACGAUCACCAAAGCACACACCAAUGCAAUCUCAAACUGCUGUUUUACCUUCAGUGGCCAUUUCCUGUGUACAAGCUCUUGGGAUAAAACCUUAAAAAUAUGGAACGUCCAUACAGGGGAGUUUCGAAACCGUGGAGCCUGUGUGACUCUGACGCAGGGUCAUGAAGGUUCUGUGAGCUCCUGCCACUUUGCCAGAGACACCUCUUUUCUUGUGUCUGGAGGGUUCGACAAGACUGUGGCUAUUUGGGAUGCAGGAGAAGGCUACCGGAAGCUCUCCUUGAAGGGCCAUAAUGACUGGGUGAUGGAUGUUGCCAUUAGCAACAACAAGAAAUGGAUCCUGUCUGCUUCAAAGGAUAAGACCAUGAGACUAUGGAACAUUGAAGAAAUUGACCAAAUUCCUUUGGUAAUCGAGUACAAAAAGGCCCGGGGCUUAAAGCUGAAACAGUGUGAAGAAUGUGACAGGCCUUUCUCCAACUACGAAAGUGACAUCUUUUCUGAAACAGUCACCAAAUGCGUGUUCUGCCGGAUCGAUGCAAAAGACUUGUCAACAGAGGCCUCACCAUCAUCAGAAGGGGAGGUCUCACUGUCAAGGGAGUGCAGCCUGGCCGCCUGUGACGAGGACCUUACACAGCGCAUGCGUCAGCCGCCGACAAAACUUGUGCGCGUGCACGCAGCCUAUACGGUGAAUGGUGAUGGGGAACAGACUCUCGCGGGUUUCCUUGAGCUGCGGGGCAUCCUUGACUCGGCCUCCGGAGCAGAGGGGACGUCCCCUGGAGGCGGCGCGGGACUCCCCGGGUGCCAUGGGAACACUCCUGGGGUUAGAGAUGCCCCGCAGGGCGAGCAACCUGCCCAGGUUCCGCCGCCGCUGCGUUGGGAGGCUGAGCCCGGGCACUCCUCCGUCGAUUUCUUCCGGAAGCGGCCGACUGGACCUGACACCUCUCACAUAGGCCUGCUGACUUACUCCCCUCUCUCCAGCCACGCGAUCCGGAUCAUCAUUCCCCAGAUUGAAGACGGGCUUGCAGAGGUCAAGUGA